AUGGGGACGCUGCGGGAUCUGCAGUACGCCCUGCAGGAGAAGAUCGAGGAGCUGAGGCAGCGGGACGCGCUCAUCGACGAGCUGGAGCUCGAGCUGGACCAGAAGGACGAGCUCAUCCAGAAGCUGCAGAACGAGCUGGACAAGUACCGCUCCGUGAUCCGGCCCGCCACCCAGGUGGCCCACCAGCAGGGGCCCGGCGGCGCCUUGCAGGGCGAGCAGAGGACCAAGAGGCAGGCCAUUUCCGCCGAGCCCACCGCUUUUGACCUCCAGGACCUCAGCCAUGUCACCCUGCCUUUCUACCCCAAGAGCCCACAGUCAAAGGAUCUAAUAAAGGAAGCUAUUCUUGACAAUGAUUUCAUGAAGAAUCUGGAACUGUCUCAGAUCCAAGAAAUUGUGGAUUGUAUGUACCCAGUGGAAUAUGGCAAAGACAGCUGCAUCAUCAAGGAAGGAGACGUGGGGUCACUGGUGUAUGUCAUGGAAGAUGGAAAGGUUGAGGUGACAAAAGAAGGUGUAAAGCUGUGUACCAUGGGGCCUGGCAAAGUAUUUGGGGAACUGGCCAUCCUUUACAACUGCACCCGGACAGCCACCGUCAAAACUCUCGUAAAUGUGAAACUUUGGGCUAUUGAUCGGCAAUGUUUUCAAACAAUAAUGAUGAGGACAGGCCUCAUCAAGCAUACAGAGUAUAUGGAAUUUUUGAAAAGUGUACCGACAUUCCAGAGCCUCCCUGAAGAGAUACUCAGUAAGCUUGCUGAUGUCCUUGAAGAGACUCACUAUGAAAAUGGAGAGUACAUUAUCAGGCAAGGUGCUCGAGGGGACACUUUCUUCAUAAUCAGCAAAGGCAUGGUAAAUGUUACACGGGAAGAUUCUCCUGGGGAAGAUCCAAUCUUUCUCCGUACAUUAGGAAAAGGAGAUUGGUUUGGUGAAAAAGCCCUCCAGGGGGAAGAUGUCAGGACAGCCAAUGUUAUUGCUGCUGAAGCUGUAACGUGUCUUGUCAUCGACAGAGACUCAUUCAAACAUUUGAUCGGGGGCUUGGAUGAUGUUUCCAAUAAAGCAUACGAGGAUGCCGAAGCAAAAGCAAAAUAUGAAGCCGAAGCUGCCUUCUUCGCCAACCUGAAACUGUCUGACUUCAACAUCAUUGACACCCUUGGAGUUGGAGGUUUUGGAAGAGUAGAGCUGGUCCAGUUGAAAAGUGAUGAAUCAAAAACGUUUGCAAUGAAGAUACUAAAGAAACGCCACAUAGUAGACACAAGGCAACAGGAGCACAUACGCUCAGAGAAGCAGAUCAUGCAAGGGGCGCACUCAGAUUUUAUUGUGAGGCUAUACAGGACAUUCAAGGACAGCAAAUAUUUAUAUAUGUUGAUGGAAGCGUGUUUAGGAGGAGAGCUUUGGACAAUUCUCAGGGACAGAGGUUCAUUUGAAGAUUCUACAACCAGAUUUUAUACAGCAUGUGUGGUAGAAGCUUUUGCCUAUCUGCAUUCCAAAGGAAUCAUUUAUAGGGACCUCAAGCCAGAAAACCUCAUCCUAGAUCAUCGAGGUUAUGCCAAACUGGUCGAUUUUGGCUUUGCAAAAAAAAUAGGAUUUGGAAAGAAAACAUGGACUUUUUGUGGAACACCGGAGUACGUAGCCCCAGAGAUCAUCCUGAACAAAGGUCAUGACAUUUCAGCAGACUACUGGUCACUGGGAAUCUUAAUGUAUGAGCUCUUGACUGGCAGUCCACCUUUCUCAGGCCCAGACCCCAUGAAAACCUAUAAUAUAAUAUUGAGGGGGAUUGACAUGAUCGAAUUUCCAAAGAAGAUUGCCAAAAAUGCUGCUAACCUAAUUAAAAAACUAUGCAGGGACAACCCAUCAGAAAGAUUAGGGAACUUGAAAAAUGGAGUCAAGGAUAUUCAAAAGCACAAGUGGUUUGAAGGCUUUAACUGGGAAGGUUUAAGAAAAGGUACAUUGACGCCUCCCAUAAUACCAAGUGUUGCAUCUCCCACAGAUACAAGCAAUUUUGAUAGUUUCCCUGAGGACAACGAUGAACCACCACCUGACGACAACUCAGGAUGGGACAUAGACUUUUAAUGUAUCUCUCUCUUACCUGCUUCUGCCUUGCUGAAGACAGCUUCCUGAGACAUGGCUGCCAGCAGACCUGAAGGAAUUGGGAAGGAUUAGUGCUCGGGGUCACCAUGAUGCCUUGAUUGAUGCUGCUACAGUAACUACAGUGGCAUUAGGACUUAAUGCUUAGUUGACAAUAGUGCUCUUCACAUGUUUUCUGUUUGAACUUACCAUAGCAGUUGACAUGGUGGUCCUGAAGCAAAGCCUUUUUCACUGGUCAAUAAAUGUGUUUUCUAUCACUGUAA